UUCGGUUGCCACCGGUCGCGGCCCCGACGGGUCGCUUCCGGUGGCGAGGAAACAUGGCGGCGGCCGCUCGGGACUCACGUGUGGGUGCGGGGAAAAAGCUGAAAAAUUCCCUAAAGAAGAAGCAGAGGAAGAAGAUGCAAAUGGUAGCCGGGGCAGUAGCUUCGGAGUUGGAAGACGAGGGCAAAGACGCUGCCGACGGUGGAGGUUCUGCAAGAAGCUGUGGAUUGGAAAAGGAUCACUUUUCUUCAGAUGAAGCAGUGGAAGCUGACAAUGAAGAUGAAGUUGAACCCUAUGGCAAUGGAAAUGAAAAUGCCGCAGAAGCUAGUGUUGGAACUGACAUGGGCUGGGCAGAUGCCAUGGCUAAAAUUCUUAACAGAAAAACUCCUAAAAGUAAACCCAGUAUUCUGGUAAAAAACCGAGAGCUGGAAAAGGAAAAAGAAAAGUUAAAGCAAGAGAGACUGGAGAAGAGGAAACAGCUUGAUAAGAAGCGAGAAUGGGAAAUGAUGUGCAGAGUAAAGCCAGAUGUUGUCAAAGACAAAGAAACAGAGAGAAAUCUUCAGAGAAUUGCAACAAGGGGUGUGGUACAGUUAUUUAAUGCUGUACAGAAGCAUCAAAAGAAUGUUGAUGAAAAGGUUAAAGAAGCUGGAAGCUCUAUUAGAAAACGUGCUAAGUUGAUAUCAACUGUUUCCAAGAAAGAUUUCAUCAGUGUUCUGAGAGGAAUGGAUGCAAGUACAAGUGAAAAAAGUUCGACUGGAAAGAACUUGAAAGCCAAACAGACUGAAGCAAAAUCAGAAGAGAGCCCUGGAUGGACAAUCUUACGUGAUGAUUUCAUGAUGGGAGCGUCCAUGAAAGACUGGGACAAAGAAAGUGAUGGCGUGGAUAACAGUGAACCAGGGUCUGGAAGUGACUUUGAUACAUAAGACCAGAGGAAACCCAAUGUAUGAUCAUUGUAUUUUUCCUAGAAAAAUACUUGAUGCUCUCAAAGUUGGGCAGUUCUGAAGCUAUCACUUGUAAGAACACCAAAAGACUUUUACUAUUACCAACUUUGAUGUUUUCUCUUUACAUGAAAACUUUGUUAAAAUUAGGUUUUUCAAACCAUGUAUGAUUUUAAGCAUUGUUUCUCAAACAUUUGUAAAAGAAGUAUUUUUGCUUGACCAGCAAGAUGCACAUUUUUGCCAGGAUCAUUUUAAGUUUACAUCUUGGUCAUGGAUAUUGGUGUUUUCUUUCAGUGUCAGCAGUUUCUAGAAAUACAGUGCUUUUUAUAAUUAAAAUGAACUCCUUGAAAUCUAUAUUUUUCUGCUUUCCAACUUAUUAGUCCUAUGUAUGUGUGCUUUUGUGAAAGGAAGUUUUGGUAUUUGUUUUGGUAUGCUAUUGAGAAAAUCUCUGUAGUGAAAUUUAAAAUGAUAAUAUUUCUGAUUCAGGGUGAUGAUUUCGUUUUUAGAAGUUCUGGUAAAUAAGAUUUAAGAACAUCAAGUCUCUACGUUUCUAUUAUGUCCCUUUAUAUGCUAAACCAUACAUAAUGAUUUAGAUUUAAGUGUUAGUUUAUAACAAAAUAGCAUGAGAUUUACUGAGGUGGAGAUUCUCAUGUUUAUGCCUCUCUCAGUGAGGCAUAAUUUCUUAGAAAGCAUAUUUGACAUGUUUUAGCCACUCACACCCCCCUUUUCCCUAAUAUUUAAGUUAGCUUAAGUUCUCUUUUAUGGUUUGGCUGACCAGUGAAAUGGUCGAGUGAGACUGCAGGUAUUCUGCAUCAGAAUACUCCCAUCUGUUUGGAGAUUUGGUUCCUUGUUGUUCCCUUAAACAUGAUUAAAUUGGGUGACAGUAUCUAGAUGUUAAACAAAAAAGAAAAUAAGACUGUUUAGUAUAAUCCCAAAAUUUCUGUGAGACUUGGUUUAAGAUCUAAAGUUUAUAAAGGAAUUGUUUAAUAAAUGUGAUCUGUUCCUUUUUAAAAAAGGAUCCAUUCCUUUUCCCAUAUUCCCCAUAAUAAAAAUAGUUCCCUUCUACUACUCAUUUGUAUAUACUUGCAUCCUCCCCUCAGACUUAUGCUGGAGCAGAAAUGUUUAUAUUUUCAAACCCAUUUGAGUGUUCUAUGCGUUUACAUAUGCAAGGUUAAAUUAGUCCAUGGCUUGAUAUUUGUUAUAAUGUGAUACCAAGUGAUUAAGCCAGCAAAGCUCAAAAUGUAUUCUUGUAUUUAUCCCAACUUUUGAACUUUAGUGUUUUAUUAAAUUAUAGAACUACCAUUUCGUCAGGGCAAUAUAUAUAAAUAAUAAUAAUAUAAAUAAAUGUGAGCAGAUACUCCUCCAAAUAAUGAGAGUGCUAAGUAUCAUAUUUUGUAACACAGAUGAAUAUUUUAACUUAACACAUGCAUAAUUUUGAAAAAUAAUUCUUUGCAGCAGUUAAAAAUUUUUUUCUCCCCAGAAUUAAAGAUUAUACUUCUUCUUUUUUUUCUUUUAUCUUAUUCUGAAUCAUAUUAAAACUUGGCUAACAUUCUUCCAGAUAGUACAUUGGGGUGAUAGAAAUGGGUAAAUAACUUUUCAUUUACUGGAGUGCUUUCAAAACAUAUACUCACAUAGUUUUUGGUUUAAUUUUGAAAAAUUGGGCAAGAUUUUUUUAACUGAAAAUAGGAGAAUAUAUGCAGAGUUUUUCCCUCUCAGAAAUCAUUUUAUUCCAAAAUAAAGAUGAGUUGCCAGUAUAAGAAAAAAAUUUUAUCACUUAUGUUAGAAGGCUAUAAAGCAUAUUCAAAGUACAUGAAAUAAUUUCUAUCGUAAAAAUGGGAUAUUUUAUGUAUAUUAGUUUUGCUGCAUCUUGGGAUAUUUUAUGUAUAUUAGUUGUGCUGCAUCUUGGCUCUACAAUAUGUAGGCAAAAUACCAUCAUAUAUUAAUAUAAAUCUAUAUUUUAUAGAAACCUAUAUUUUAGAAACCAAACAUAUAUCUUGAGAUGUUUUAAAUAUUCUAGCUUUGUUACCUCUACCCUAAGUAUUUUAUCUACAUUCUUCUCACAUCAGUCAGAUAAUUCUGCAUCCAUUCCAUCUUCCUACAUUGUCUUUGAGUUAAGGAGGGAAAAGAAAACCACAUUUCUAGAUCCCCCCUAAUUUGUCUAAAUGUAACAAUAUUUGGAUUUUAUUUUGUUAACUAUUUAGAGUAAUAUAGCAAUAAAAAGGUUAUUUUUAUUUUUUAGAAAGACUAUGGAAAAUAGUAACCAGGUAACUAGUAACUAGGCAUUAUCUUAUCCCCUUAUCUGGAUAUUUAGAUGGCUGUGGUGAACGUUGUCAAUAUUUAGCAUAGGUUAGUAUUGGUUAUUAAUUGUUUUUAGGCAUUGAAUUCUCAAAGUCAAAAUUAAUACCUGUUUUAGGUUGAAACACUUAGAUUCAUCUUAGUAGUUUAUCACUUUAGGUUGGCGUCUGCAUACUGAAUUUAUUUUCAAGUUGCUUAGAUUCUACAUAGAGCAAAUAUUAUUCUACUCAUUGAAAAGCAUAAGGUGGAAGCCCUUUAGAUGGAAUGGAUCAGAGGCUCACCUUCAGUGCCCACAGCUGAAAAUGACUCGGGAGGAGGUUCCAGGUUUCUUGGAGGGUUAGUCCCAAAUUCUUUAAAAUAUUUUGUGUACUACAAGAGAGUGAAAAGGAAAUGUUUAUAUUCUGGGAAACCUCUUAGGGCUCUUUUGAUCACUGUGUUUUGCAUAUAUGAAUAUGCUUAAUAUUCAGUGGCUUCCACCUAAUCCUGCCCCCUGUGCUGGUCUUCAGGCAGUGAGAGUACAGUACUUCAUUACAAAGCCAUUUGAUUACAGUUCAUAAAUGCCUAAAGAUGUUCUAGUUAAACAUAUAACAGCAGAGGCGUCGUAAGGUUGAAGUGUGAACAGAAACACAGACAAACUGAAGAUAAAAAUUGCAUUUUUAAGGAGUUAAAGACCUAGAAGGCCUAAGGAAGUUUCGCCUGUAAUGAAAUUUCCAAAGAGCAUAAGUCUUUCUAUAAAAGAGAAAGGAGGAGAUCAAAUAAAUAAGGCCAUAUUUUUGCAAACUUUUGGAUAACUUUUUUCCCUUACGUUUACUUAUUUUUUGUUAUUUUUAUCGUGAAGUUUUAUAAAUGUGUUGAAAAGAGAAAUAAGUGAAAUGGGAUGGAAGUUUUAUUUUUUCAGGCUUUUUAAUGACUUUAGAAGACAGUUAUUGUAUUUAGUAUGUUGCUAUGUUUGUGCAACAUGAAUUUCACUUAUAAAAUAAACAUUUGAGGAGCACCUGAGUGGUACGUACAGUCAGUUGAGCCUCUGAUUCUUGGUUUGGGCUCAGGUCAUGAUCUCAGGGUUGUGAUCUCAGAGUUGUGAGAUUGAGUUUCAGUAGGGCUCCACUCUCAGUGCAGCCUCCUUGGGAGACUCUCCCUCUCCCUCUCCAAUAAACAAUUUUUUUAAAAAAUAGUAAAGUAAACAUUUGAAAAAUUAGUAGACAUAUUUUUGGACAUUUAUAAGUUUCUUAAGCAUGUGUCUAUCUGUCUGCCUUAGCCAUGGAUGCUAUAGCAGAAUAUCGUAGACUGGGUGGCUAAAACAACAAAGUUUCCUCAGAGUUCUAUAGGAUGGGAAGUCCCAUGAUUGAGGUGCCAGCAAAUUUGAUGUCUGGUGAGAGCUCUCUUUCUGAUUUGCAGACAGCUGACUUCUUGCUUUGUCUUUGCUUGGUGAGAAGGGAGAUCAUCUUUUCUCAGUCUCUUUUAUAAGAACGCUAAUCUCAUUCAUGCGGGCUCCACCCUGGUGACCUAAUUUACCUUUGAAAGGGCUCUGCUUCCAAAUACCAUUACAUUGCGGAUUAGGGCUUUAAUAAAUGAAUUUGGGAAGAUACAUAUUCAAUCUAUAGCAGUGUGUAAAAUAGCAAAUCUUACGUUUUUAACUUUGUGGAAUAACUUUACCAUUGUUUCUUGGCUUUAAUAAAAUUAGAAAGUUAAGUGAAGGAAGAAGAAUUCAUUCUGUUCCUUCCAUAAAUUCAUCUCUUAGGAUUAAUGUACCAUUUGUUUCUGUUCAGUAUGUUGGUGAUAGGUAGGAACUGUUAAGCCCUGCAGAUAUGAAUAUGGAGACUAUUUGGGGUGAGCAAAUUUCGGAAACAAUAGAACUAUUCCAUGCCUACAAGGACGUCUCUCAUUCUCUUCCCAAGGAAACAGGAGUCUGAAUUUUGGCCAGCUGGAUAGAUGAAUCUUAGUGACUGCAGCAAAGGUAGGCCUGGUGAACUUUUUCACUGGGUGAACUUUUCUGAAAUUGAUUAAAUGAAUUAAUUUAGAGGACCUAUGAACAGAUUUGGAAGUAGAUGGUCUUUGAAGUUCAUGGUAAGACAUUUAGAACCAUGAUUGAUGUUUAACAAAAUACUAAGUUGUAAUGAAUCUAAUCAGAAUUUUGUAAAAUAGAUUUCUUCUAAUGCUUCUUAAAUAAUUUUAGAUUUUCUAAAGAGUGCUUUCUAGCUUAGAGAACCACAUUAACAUUUUCAUCCAGCCUACUAAGCAUAAUUUCAGGGAGUUACAAUUUAGGUCUUUUUAUCCAGAUACGUGAUGAACCUUCUGUGCUCAGAAGAGAGAUCCUCAAAGACAGUUACAGAACGUGUUUUAUUUUGUCUAGAAUAACUAGUCCAGCACUGCUCACCUCUUCCCUCUUUUAGUGCCCUCCCUCCAGUUGCAGGGGUACAUAAUGAGCUUUCUGUUAAGUGCUCUUUGUAGUGAUACAAAGGAAUAGAGUUCUAAAUUUUACUUACUUUAAAUUUUAAAAGCUAUGUGUGGCUAGUGGUGGUCUCUCUAAUUAUAAAGAGAAUGCCGUUAGCAUAUAUUUAGUCUGAUAAUAUAUCAGUAAAAUUUGAAAUCCUGUCUAUGAGUUCUUCUGAUAAACUUUUAUGGAUACAGUUUAAGUGUACGAAUAUUGGUGUAAUUUUAUUGAUUAAAUUGUUAUUUUUUUCACUAUUUGUAUUUUGAAGAAGAUAUAUUAAGUUGCUUUAUAAUUACAUUAUUUCCUCAGGUAACUAUUUCCUUAAAUGUGAGGCCACUGUUAAUAACAAACAACAUUUCAUUUUUUUAGUGCAGUCAUCUGCAGCUUUUAGAAUGAAUACACCAAACUUUGAAUCUUACUGAUUUUCUACAAGAAAAUCAAAUCUUACUGACUCACAAGUCUUACUGACUUAUAAUAGGUGAAAAAGGACAUCUGGAGAACUGCCAGGUUCACAGAUUUAUCAGAUACCAUGUAAGGUUGGAGGUUCCCUGAAGAAGCACCUUUAGUUGCAGGGCUCUAGAGUUGUCCAGCAGUUCCAGGCUGUUCUAACACACACUUGACAUCCUGCCAGAGCAAAUGUAGAUUGCAGAUUUGGGCAAAAAAACAGAAAACAAAGAGCAUAAUGAGCAUUAUUAGCAGCAGCCAGUUUAAAAUGAUGAGGUGUUAACCACAUUUGUAUAAAUAACAGUUUCUCUAACCCCUGAAUCAUUAUCCUGCAUUUUAAAUGCAAUCGUUUCAUAAACAUCAAAGCAAGAACACCAAAUUUGUAUGGGGUCAGGACCAACUGGGGCUCCGAAUGGAGAGACAGCUGAGAGCUGUGUCCUUAACGCGUGGGUGGCCUUGCAGCUGUCGAUUCACCCUCAGGCUACUAGACAGUUGCCUUCUUGCGCUUGCAGAACCAGACUUCCAUUUGAAGUAAAAAUGUAUCUCCUCCCAUGGAAUGGACAUAAACAAUAGAUUGACAUCAGCUCUCAAAACAUCAGCAAGGCAGCCAGACACAGCAGUCAUCCUGAAAUACUGCAAUAUUACCAAGCAUAACAUCAGGGGUGUUUCUACAUAAUAUUUGUCUUUGUACAAUAACACUGGGCUCUCUUAAAUGUAUUAUAAAUAUAAAAGCUCAUAGUUGAAAAGAUUCAAGGUGAUAUUAUCCUUCUCUACAAACACUAGGAACAAGAUUGCGUGACACACAACUGCCAUAUCUUGGUUCUUCCACCGACUCCCAAAUGUACUUGAUGUGAUGAUGGGUUAUAUAUCACUAGCAUAUAAAUAAAUCAGACAUAGGCAUACACUUGUUCAUAUAAUAAGAAUUUGAAUAAUGUAUCCACAAUAUCUCCCUAGCACAGUACCUCCUAUCUAGGGAGGGUCUCAACAAAUGUUCUCUAUUAUGCAUUUAGAGGAUCAGAUUCUGUACAUGUAGAUUUGUCAUUCAUUUCUGGUCUGUGUAACUGUAAAUGUUUCUCCCCACAAAAGUUUACAGUCUGCAGAUAGUAGAUACAUAUUGAGACCUAGUAACCCUACUUCUAGAAACCCUCCUUGGGAAAAGAUCCUGAUUACAAAAAUGCUGUAUGAACAGUAUUCUAUUAUAGCAUUGCUUUUAAUGGCAAGAAAUUUUGGACAACCUACAGCUUCAGUGAUAAGAGAUCAUUUACAUAAACGUUGGUACUUCUACUUUUCUGCUACCAUUUAGAAUGAUGGCUGUGAAGACCAGUGAAAACACAUCUCAAUAAUGUUACCUGAAAAGGUAAGAUUAAAAAGUGGACAGGAUAAGCUUUUUAAAUGUCAAAAAUUCAUUAGAUGAAUAUAAGAAUACCUUCUUUUUAAAAGAAGAUAAUUUUGACAGUUUGCAAAACAAGUCUCACACAAAAGAUCCUGAUAUUUAGUGAGAUAUUAAGUUUUUUGCCUACUUAGACUGUUCCAGAACUCAAACUAAAUACUGCUUUACACAGGACACUCUAGAGAUUGAUAAGAAGUGCAGAGGUAAAAUGAGAAUCUCCAUUUCCUUGAUUUAUUUUUAAAAUGUUUCCUUUUCAUGCUCAACCAUUUUAUUUUGAUAGUCCCAUCCGUCAUUCCAGUUUAGGUGAAACAAAACAAGUAAUAAUAACAGCAAAUAUUUACACAGUAAUUGUAUGCCAGAUACUACUUACGUGUUUUGUAAUGUCCUUAACUCACACAGUCUUCCUAUGACCCCAUGAACUAGGUUCUGUUACUGUCCCCAAUAAACAGGUAAGGGAACAAGCAGUAGAUUCAAUGACUUGCCAAGGUCACACAGCCAAUACAUUGAAGUCCAACCUUGAAUCAACAGAACUGCUAUACACAACAGUAAUUCCCCACAUUUUAGACGAUAUUAAUGUCUUAAAGAAAAUGAGAUUCUAGAAAUUGAACUUUGCUCUGGAAAAAUAAAUGGACAUGUUUUAUUUUUCAGUCUCAUUUACUUAGGGCAAAACCUAGGGCCUGGGGAAGGGGACAGCAUUUAUGAAAAGGUGAAAAAGUCUUCCUGGCAGUGGCAAGUCAGAGUUUCAAAUAGCAUGUCUUCUCAGUCUGCAUUUUGGUUGUUGCUGUCCAUUUAUUAUACAAUACAGCAUUGGAGAAUUUACUUUAGGUCUUGAGUAUAUCUGUUAAUUCGAAUAUUUUUAUUAUCCUGAUUCUGCAGAAACAACUGCAUUACUACUGGAGUGGGGUCCAAUAGCUUUUGUCUCUUAGAACAUGACUAUGUGUGCUCCCUUCAUUACCAAGAUACAAUGUAUUACCCGUAUACUUCUGUUUAUUACUUAAUGACAUUUUGAUGAUUAAUAAAAAUUUAAGUGCUGA